AUGUCUAGACAAGUAAAAUAUUAUGUCUUCAUCUUCUUGACCAUUCUAGAUUUGUCGAAAUCACAAACUUCAAACAACAGCUGCAUCCUUGAUACUCAUUUGUUUCCUACAGCUAACUCAAAUUGUAAAUCAGGCAAUUGGGGUGGUUUUAUAAGCAGCAGUUGUUGUAGAGAAGCAUUUGAUGAUUACUUAUAUGCAGUAGGCAGGAGGCUCAACUUAACAGGAGACAUAUUCUUGAAUUCUACAGAGCAAAUAAACUGCUUAAAUUUUAUGAAAACAUUUGACAAGGAUGGUUCAAGCUGUCGUAUUUCCAAGCUAACUAGUGGAGAAGGUGGUUGUUCUAACUACACUGUUUCAAAUGUUGUUAACAAGCUGGGAAACAGAUUGAAAAAUUUAGAUGAAGGGUGCAAGAAUUUGAGCUCAGACGGCAGAUUGGAUCAGGCUUGUACUGCAUGUUUGAGAAGGUGGGAAGAGAUUGAUGGAUCAUCUGAUGAAGAAAUAGCCUCAGCAGAGGCUGAAGCCAAUGUGUGUAGAUUUGCAGUCUUGAUGACUUUAAUAGGAAGUCGGAUAGAUAAUAAAAACUGGGUUCAAGCUGUUUUCAAUUGCCUUGCAGAGAAGCCUCUUGCCACAGUGUUGGGUGUUAAAGGAGAAACAGCUAGUAGCAAAAUCAAGAAAAGCACAGGUUUUUGGAUUAAAAUUGGCGGUUCAGUAGGAGUUGCACUAAUAGUAGUUAUUGCAGCCUGGAUUAUAUUAAGGAAAAGGACUGUGAAAAACAGUUCACCAGGAAUGGAUGCAUCAGAUGACACACUCACAGGGGAAUCUCCCUGCCUAAAGAUACCAAUUAAGGAAAUUUAUUCAGCAACAAACAGUCUCAGUGCAUCAAACUUACUUGGCCAGGGAGUAGCUGGAAAGGUGUAUAAAGGCAUACUCUCAAAUGGUCGACAUGUCGCAGUUAAGCACAUCAUAAAAGAUGGAGAUGCAGAGACAUUUGUCAGGGAAGUUCGAAGUUUAUCUGACGUCCGACAUCCAAAUCUUGUAGCUUUGCUCGGUUAUUGUGAGGACAAAGAUGAAUGUUUUCUGGUGUAUGAGCUGUGCCAUAAUGGGAAUCUCUCAGAGUGGUUAUAUGGUAAAGAUAAAACUCUUUCAUGGAUUCAAAGGCUUGAGGUUGCAAUUGAUAGUGCUAGAGGCCUACAAUUUCUCCACACUUACCCAGCAGGCCGCAUAGUUCACAGAGAUAUCAAGCCAACAAAUAUUCUUCUUGAUGCUGACUUUCACGCGAAACUUUCGGAUUUUGGGUUAUCAAAAGUUAUGGACAUUGGCCAAUCCUAUGUGAGCUCAGAAGUGCGAGGAACAUUUGGUUAUGUUGAUCCAGAGUAUAGAAGAAACCACCAUGUGAGUGCUUCAGGUGAUGUUUACAGUUUCGGAAUAGUACUAUUGCAACUCAUUUCAGGGCAGAGGGUCAUUAAUCUGAGCGUCAAUAGACCAAUGACUCUGAAUAAAAUGGCAAAAUUCCAUAUGAGAGGUGGAAACAUAUCAGAAUUUGCUGAUCCGAAACUUAAUGGGGAGUACCCAGUGGAAUCCUUUAGCCUUGUACUCGAGUUAGCUUUGUCAUGUACAGGUCUCAAGCAGCAAAGACCAUCCAUGGAACAAGUGGUAUUAAGACUAGAACACGCAUUUAAAAUCUCUCACUGACCAUUCAUGGAUCGAGAUUGAAUAUAC